CGAGGUAUAAAACCCCCCGCACCUUCGACACAGACAUCUGUGUGUUAGCUGUGUAUGUGCCAGGACUACCAUGAUCAAGUUGUGUAUACUUUUGGCACUGGGAUGCGCCGGAGCCCUAGCUGUAACGCAGGAGCAGCUCGCCCAGUAUGUUGCGGCUCAGCAGACCGCAGGAGCGCCCAGGGCGCGACAGGCGUACGCCCUACACCAAGCCGAGGAGGCAGGGGACGACGCCUACCAGACCGCUGGUAACGCAGCCUACAUCAAGGCGGGGGAUGCGGCUUACCAGACCGCUGGCAACGCAGCUUACCUAAAGGCGGGGGAUGCGGCCUACCACACCGCUGGCAACGCAGCCUUCGCCAAGUCUGGCAGCGCAGCCUACAUCAAGGCUGGCAACGCAGCCUACAUCAAGGCGGGGGAUGAGGCCUACCACACCGCUGGCAACGCAGCCUAUGCCAAGGCUGGCAACCCAGCCUAUAUCAAGGCUGGUAACGAUGCCUACCAACAAGCAUACAACACUGCCUACCAGCAGGCAGCGUCUGCCUACCAGCCAGCCCAGCCCGCUCCUCAGGCUAGCAGCUACAAGUCCUUCAGCUCCAGCGUCGGCUCCCAGCCUCAGCCUGUUUACUACAGGCCCGCACCCCAGUACAGCGCUCAGCCAGCGCCUGCACCCCUUCAGUACCGCAAAGUUCGCCCUCUAGCAGCCGACCCUGAGAAGGAACCUGAAGACUAUGACCCCAACCCAGCGUACCAGUUCUCUUUUGACGUGAAGGACGAUGAGUUCACCAACUACCAGAAUCGCAAGGAGCAGAGGGAAGGAGACAAGAUCUCAGGCAGCUACAGUGUGGUGGACAGUGAUGGCUACAUUAGGACUGUCACAUACACAGCCGACCCCAAGGAGGGUUUCAAGGCUGAGGUUAGUCGAGAGCCAACAGAAAUCAGAGUGAAGCUCCCUCAGCCACCUGCAGCUCUGCCUCAGCAAUAUCAGCAGAUUCCUCAGCAGCUUCUACGCAAGCAGCAAACACAACAGUAUCUAGAGGCUUCUUCACCAGCAGUAGCGUCACCCCAGUACAGGCCACAGUCAGUAGCCUAUGUUGCGCCCCAGUACGCAGCCGCCCCACAGUACGGAGCAGCCCCACAAUACGCCCAGGCUGCACCCCAGUACGUAGCCAAGGCGGCCCCAGCGGCCUCAGGCCUGGCAGCCUACUCAGGUCAGCACCGCCUAGCCGCACCUGCCAAGCCUAAGGCCUCAGCCAUCGGCUACGCACAGCAGCCAACAGGCAGCUCGCCCAUCCUCUACCAGGCGUACCAACCUUGAAACUAUAAAGACUGCAUUUGUAAAUAGUAUACGCUGCCUUACAGUUGUUGAUAAGGGCACUAGUUGUGAAGUGUUGUUGAUUGUGUUUGAAGAGUUAAGUCAUGUUAAAACCAGGAUCUGUGUUGGAGUGAAGAGAAAAAUGAUUGUUAAAUCAAAAGGUUUAAAAAAAUGUAAUGACUUGAGUCUAUUUGCCAUUCGAUCAAAAUAUUUGUACUUUAUUUAUAUAUGACGUAGUAUUAACAAGUGAAUGCUGUAAAUGUUCCUGAUUCUGAAUUACUUAAGGAAAUAAAUAUUUUCACAAUAA